CACAUGGAACCGACGUCAAUUUAGUACUUAGGCACCUCACACACCCCACGUGCACCAUCCUCAGCCCACCCACCCGUAAACAAAACACGAAGUGUAAACGACAGCAAAGAGCAUGCCCCCGCCCCUCCCUCCUCUCCCCUUCCCCUACCCCCUCCGCAUCGGCACCGACAUCUGCCGCAUCGGCCGGAUCCAGCGCAUCCUGCAGAGCGCGCGCGGUCCGCGCUUCAUCCAGCGCGUGCUGGCGCCCGAAGAGCUGGCGCACACGCGGCCGGCCGUCCGCGCCGUGCUCGACGCGGCCGCGGCCGCGGCCCGCAGCAACAGCAGCAAUGGCAACAGCAACAGCAGUGUGGGGACGAGGACGCAAGCUUCCACGGUGGAGUGGAGGUCAUUGGUGCAAGGCCAAGUCGAGGAGACCAGGGAGGAUAUGGGAGAUGUCGAGAGGAUGGUGAGCGGGGAUCGGGAGGUUGGGAAAUGGGAGGUGGGGGAAGGAGAGAGAGGGGGGGAGGGGGAAGCGGGCGAAGAAGCGGCGUUUAAGGCGCACGCGCAUCUCAGGCUGGGCUUCCACGACGUCCUCAUCCUGACACCCUCGGAGACGGAGGCGGAGAUAGUGAAGCCAGAAGCUGCUUGGCCGCGUGCCCCGGCCCCUGUCGCGGUGAUCAAGCCCGGCGAUGGGAGGAGGGAUCAGAUGGCCAUGGUUAGCAUCAGCCACGACGGCCAAUAUGCGACGGCUGUAUGCAUCGGAUUUGAUGCAGGGCAAGACGAUGGCGAGCGCAACACCGCCAGCGACUGA